GUUACUGUAUACGUAUACCUAGUCGUCGAAUUAUCACACUCGCUUUCUAACAGUUGACGUGUAUAAAUUCAGUCGCGUCACCACGCUGUUCGUAACGGUUGGCCUUAUACAGCUUCUGUUUGUAUAUGUCUACAUUGAUUUUAUUCUCCUCGUUAAAUUUCCUCGUCGAAGUAUUAUUGACGAAGAUUGAUUCCAGAGUGACGUAUGGAUCAAGAUACGAAGUGCUGAGAAGCUCGCGGUCCUUCUACUGCCGCCGAACCUCCGAGUCCAAAGCCUAGAUCUUGCGAGGAUCGUGAUCAUGCAUCGGAUACCUUGGAGAAAUCACAUUUCAAGAAAGGAUUAUAUUCACAUUUCAGUAAAGAACCAGCGGUAGCUACCGCAGGAAGCUAAGCCAGACUUGAUGGAUUCGAUGUUGAAGUUGCACUGGCUGCUAACGCUAUGCUUCUCGUUGACGGCAUUCCACGUUGCGGGGGCGUCGUACAACCUCGGUGUCGGGAUUGCCGAUACCACAGGACCUGUGGCUGAGAUCGUUUUCAUGGGAUACGCCAGGCCGGAGCAAAAGGGAUCGGGACUUCAUCUCAGGACUUUUUCCCGAGCUUUUAUCAUCGACGAUGGAGAAGAACGUUUCGUCUUCGUCAGCGUCGACAGUGCUAUGAUUGGACACGGUGUUAGGCUGGCGGUACUGAAGAAGUUGGCAGGGCGUUUCGACGAUAUGUACAACGAUAAAAACGUAAUGAUCAGCGGUACUCACACUCACUCAGCUCCUGGAGGAUACAUGAUGGACGUUCUUUUCGAUCUCACCACUUUCGGAUUCGUCCAAGAAUCGUUCAACGCCAUUGUCAAUGGGAUCACGAAGAGUAUUGAACGAGCUCACGACGCCAUUGUUCCUGGAAGAAUUUUCGUUACUCAAGGAGAGCUAAUGGGCGCAAACAUAAACAGAAGUCCCAAAGCGUACCUUAAUAAUCCUGAAACCGAAAGGGCCAAGUACGCGUACAACGUUGACAAGAAUAUGAUUCAACUCCAGUUCAUCGCUGCUGAUGACAGAUCUUUAGGAGUGAUAAACUGGUUCCCUGUUCAUCCGACCAGCAUGAACAACACCAACAAGCUUGUGUCCAGCGACAAUGUUGGGUACGCCUCAGUUCUGUUUGAGAAAACGAUGAACAAGAAUUCCAUGGUUGGGAAGGGUUCCUUUGUGGCUGCCUUCGCCUCGUCGAAUCUUGGCGACGUGUCACCAAAUACGAGAGGACCAAGAUGCGAGUUUACAGGAGAGACCUGCUCUGGCGCUGAUACCUGCCCCGGUAAACACGAGAUGUGUUUCGCAUCAGGACCCGGCAGAGACAUGUUCGAAAGCACGAGCAUGAUAGCAAAUAAAAUGUACCAAAAGGCAUUGGAGCUCUGGCACGGUGGAAAGGCGACCGAAGUUGUAGGACCGAUUCGCGUGAUCCAUCAAUACGUCCGGAUGCCGGAGCAGCAGGCCGAGUUCUUCAACGAGACGAGCGGAAAAGUCGAAAACGUCACCGGAUGUCUUCCUGCAAUGGGAUACAGCUUCGCCGCCGGAACGACUGACGGUCCUGGUUCCUUCUCGUUCGAACAGGGAACGACGACUUCGAAUCCGCUGUGGAACGCCAUUCGCGAUUUUAUCGCCGCUCCCAGCAAGGAAGACGUUCUCUGCCACGGUGCGAAGCCGAUUUUGCUGGCUACUGGACGGAUGGUGUUUCCGUACGAAUGGCAGCCACAAGUGGUCUCGACCCAUGUGGCUCUCCUAGGGGAUGUGAUAAUCGCCGGAGUGCCGGGAGAGUUCACAACGAUGUCGGGUCGGAGACUGAGGAAUGCGAUAAAGAGUGCUAUGCCGAAUUCGAGUUCCGAUAAGAGCGUCGUCGUCAUUGCCGGGCUUUGCAACACCUACAGUGACUACAUAACGACACCCGAGGAAUAUCAGAUCCAGAGAUAUGAAGGAGCCUCCACCAUCUACGGACCCCACACCUUAACCAUUUAUUUAAAACAGUACAAGGAACUAGUCACAGCACUUCUGGCCCGGAAGUCACUGGUUCCUGGACCCCAGCCACCGGAUCUCUACUCGAGUCAUCUGAUCUCUUUGGUGACGCCGGUCCUCUUUGACACUCCUAAGUGGCGACAUGAAUUCGGCGACUGCCUUGAACAUCCAGCAAAAGUCGCCGGAGCUGGAGACACGGUGACGGCAAAAUUCGUCGCUGGUCAUCCCAGAAAUAAUCCAAUGGCUGGUGGCUCGUUUCUGUUUAUCGAGAGGCUCGAGGAUGACGAGACAUGGAAAACGGUGGCCACAGACGCUGAUUGGGAGACGAAAUUUAUCUGGAAACGAACCUCGAUAUUUUUGGGAUCCAGCGAAGUUACCAUAUCGUGGACGAUACCCGACGACGUCGAGCCCGGCGAAUACCGCAUCAGGCAUAAGGGAAACUACAGAUAUAUCCUUGGUGGAAUUUAUCCUUAUCAAGGAGUCAGUAAUUCCUUAGAGGUGGUCGCCUUUGGAUCGAGUCGACGCAAACGUUACUACUUUGCCUAGUUUUCUUUAUUUUUGAGAAUCAGAGGAUGACAAAGAUUGCUCGAAGAUGCUUGCCAGUGAUUUAUACACGUGAUUUACAUGCAUAAUUGUAUUUUAUGUGGAAAAGUAGUUAUUCUCGUUACAGUAUCCCAGUCAUCGUUACAUAUUACGUAGUUAAUUAGCCACUAAGAUUUUAUUUUAAUACUUAUAUAUUCUCACAUAAGAGAUUCGAAAAUAAAUACACUAUAAUUUUUCGAAAAAUUA